AUGUCCGCCUUCGAAGAUAUGCCCCCCCUCGUGGUUCCGAAGAAAAGGAAGGCGGAAGAUAUACCAGCUCUUCGCGAAGAGCUGGAGGUACUGGCGGAGAAGACCAAAACGGCCCGAAAGAAGCUCAAGGCGCAAGGAUCAUUCGAUGCCGAAUUUUGGAGUGCUGCCGUGGAUGUCGAACGCAAGAUCCUCGAAAAGACAAGAGUUACCUCAAUCAUAUCACUCUCAGAAUUUGCUGGGGAAGAGUCCAAGUGGGCUAUAUCUGAGGAAGCGCGCAAUCUGUUUGCUCAGAUGCGGGCUCAGCACCGUCGGAUUGCAUCGUAUACGGCUCAGACAGAGGCACUCUCAUUAUCCAAGCCCAGAAGAGGAUUUCGAGAGGCCUUCAUUCAAUUGUUUACUACGAGCCGCAUGGGGUUGGGAAUUAACACGGGCAUGGGCAAGAGAGACUCAAGUGUACAGUCCAACUUUCGUACCCAAUUAUUGAAAGACUAUGAGAGCUUGGACACGACUGGAAAGAAAGCAUGGUGCCCCGUGCUUCAUGAUUAUGUGCCCAUACGAUAUGUCACAGCAUCACAUAUAUUUUCUUAUCGACAUGGGCAAGCGGCAAUGGACUCAAUCUUCGGCCAUCGACGGCCACCAGAGCUCUUUUCGUCCCGGAACGGCAUUUUGCUAUCUAAUGUUAUUGAAGCAUAUUUCGAUGCCGGUGUUUUGGCGAUUGUCCCAGAUCUCCCCGACAGGCCAUCUCAUAACAUGCUGGCUGAAUGGGUCCAAAAAUAUAUCCAUGACUAUAAGAUAAGGAUUAUCGACCACUCUUGGACCGAGUUAGAUGAUGAGAUUUACACAUCGAAUGGCUUGAAGUGGCGAGACUUGGACAACCGUCCACUGGUGUUCAAAGGCAAACAGAGACCAGCCGCAAGGUACCUGUAUUUUCACUACUGUCUUCAGGUGCUCCGACGCACCUGGAAGGCAGGGCCAGGACAGGCUGCAGCUUUUACUUUGGGGGAAGAAUUGGGAAAGCCCGUUUGGACCACGCCUGGACGCUACAUUGCUAAGAAUAUGCUACGUGCAUUCGUCGAAGAGCUUGGCCAUGACGGCGAGAACUUGAUGCUGGGAGCACGUUGUAGUCAAGGGCACAAAGAGACUCUUCUGGACAUUUUCACCAAUCAAAUUGCCAAGACAGCAGAAGAAAACAAGCCGGAAGGUUGGACAGAAGAGGAUGAGGAAGAUUCGCAGGACGAGGAUGACUCGGAAGAUGAGUGUUAA